CUGACGCUACCUUCUCUCUCCAUACCACAUCCCUCUCUUCUUCUCUUUCCUUUGCAACCCUAGCCUACCACAAUCCCCUUUUCUACCCUAUACACGACCAUCGCCAUUGAGAAACCAAUCCCAUAUUUGUUAUCCCCAUCUCAAGAUCUUCCUAACAAACCAAAUAGAUUUUUGUUUCGGCUAACCUUGUCGUCAACAACCUCUUCUCAUUCUCCGGCAAUGUCUAUCAACACCGAAUCUUCACCACCACCGCCGGUCAUCGGAAAAAUUGGAUCGUACACUGUUUUCAUGACGUCGCCUUCAACCCCUAAACCCUCUUCUUCCGAACCUGUUACUACUACUCCUCAUUCACCAAACAUCAACAAUGGUAACAAUCAUGCUAAGAUCCUUCCUCCUCCACCUCAUAUUCGUAAUCUUGUACCGUCUUCCAAAACCCUAUCAUAUGAUUCUUCUUCGUUUGUUGGAUUUUUCAAGAACGCUGUUAACAAGGUUCAAACCGGCUAGAUGUAAUGGAAUUCUAUGCAGGGGGAGCUGGACUAUUUUCUGGUAUUACUAUUUUCUUCGGUUCAGUUGCUAAUCUCACUGAGACAAGCAUCUACUUUAUCCAGAUUCAUUGUGAGUGUUUGUUUCCUUUGUAUUUUUAAUUUUAAGAUGUUAAUACAACAUGUCCAAUUAUUAUCCAAACAAACUCAUUGGUAGUAUCUUUCAAGAAUUGGUUCCAUUAAUUUCUAUUUAAUUUUUAUACAAUUGCAGUAACAGGACCUUGGAAGAUGUUUUAAAGAGUGGUAUGAAAUUGUGAACUUCUCAAGAUUCAAUUGAGCCAACCUUAUUAAAAUGAAAAAUUACUGUCAUUGUUCAAUUGAUCUGUUCCAUCUAUAUGUUUUAUGUUUAGUCACAACUGAAACAAACAGAUUGAACUCCCAGAUCCAAUUCUGAUCCCAAAAUAUGUUGGCCAUCAGGUAUUAAGAUGUUUCCCUUGUUAACUGCAUUAAAUUCAUCUUUAUAAAACCCGGCGUGUCUCCAUGCUCGAAUUUUUCCAACCCUCUUUUGUCUCAUUGCAAGAUCUAGUUGGUCUGUUUAUGUCUAUAUUAC